AGUGUCUUCAACACAUGCACCUUCCAUGCAGGAUAAACCAGUGAGAUCAGGGGGAUUGCUUCCAGAUCCUCCCAGAGGAGCACGUUUUGAAGGUCCCAGAGGUCCUAGGUUUGACGGCCCUCGAGGAAGAGGAUAUGAUAAAUUUGAAGGUUCAAGACAGAGGGGGCCUCGCUUUGACUCCCAGCGCUCAGAAGGGUACAGGUCACGUUUUGACAGACAUCAUGCAGAUGGACAUUCUUCAAGUAGAUGGGGGACUAUUCCACGAGGACCAGCAGCACAAUUUUAUACUUCCUCAAAUACAUCAUAUGCACAUGGGUCCCGACCUAGUGGUCCACGGUGGAGGGGACCCAGGCCUCCUUUUGGACAACAGCAUUCACAAGCAGACUCACGAUCAGAAAAUAAAGAGUCUUUUGCAGACAUCACUAGCAAUCAGCAGGCUCUGACUCAAACUCAGUCUACUCCUGAUACUGAAGGUACAGGUUCUGCGGAGCCCGGUGAGGACCUGACCAACACUGAACAGGAACCAUGCAAAGCUGAAGUCAAAGAAACUAUUUCAGACCCUCCUAAAAAGUGGACGUGGAGUUCACAUGAUCCUAACCAGCAAGCAGAAGAGUCCACGGUGACUACUUCACCCGUUCAGAACCAGAAACCAACAUCCCUUUCUAAUAAUCCUGUAGCUUUGCAGUCGGGUAUUACAAGAGCAGGAGGCACGGUAACCCCUGUAACAGGAGAUCAGGAUUUGAAUUCCACAGACAGCGAGUUGCUCACUUCAGACAGUGGCCAGGGCCUGCCUGGACCAGAAGGCAGAGGGAAAGGGCAAUAUAUGCAUGAAGACAGAGGCAAGGGGCCAAUAGGCAGAGGAAGAGGGCAGGGCAGAAUGGACGAUGGCCGUGGCCGAGGCUACGGAGAUGGCCGCGGCUGGGGCAUGGGCCGUGGCAGGGGCAUGGGCGGCCGAGGGAUGGGCAGGAUGGACGGUGGCCGUGGGAUGGGCAGGAUGGACGGUGGCUGGGGAAUGGGCAGGAUGGAUGAUGGCCGCAGAAGGGGAAUGGGCAGGAUGGAUGAUGGCCGUGGCAGAGGGUAUAUAUACAGAGGAAGAGGCCAGGGUAGGCAGGCGUCCUUCCGUGGCAGGGGCAUGUUCAGGAGAGCAGGCAGCAGGGAGAGGAUGCCGGAGGGGCGGUCAGGCAGCAGGGAGAGGAUGCCAGAUGGACGUGCAGGCAGCCGAGAGAGGGGACUGGGUGGACGGUCAGAUAGCCGGGAGAGGGUCCCUGUCCGGCGGGCAGGCAGCCGGGAGAGGGGUCCUAUCAGGAGGGCAGACAGCCGGGAAAGGGAAGCGGGUAGGGCUGACGUAGGCAAUACGGAUAAACCCUUUCACAUGGAAGACGAUUCAGACAAAUUGCCUCCGUACCAUCGAGAUGAUGCAUUCAGGGGCUCUUGGAGUCAUGAAGAUGAGGGAAUGCAGGAGGAAUUUCCUUUGGAUAGUCAAGAUGCUCCUUUGGAGCAUGAACGACUAGAUGAUUGGGAAAGAGAAGAAUACUGGAGAGAGCACAACUCAGAUUAUCGUGAUGAUUCUGUAGAUCACUAUGACAAGGAUGACAGGUUACCAUCCCACCAUUCAGCGCCACCACUAUCUCCUCCGCCACUACCCUCUUUAUCAUCUGAUCAGGACAGACGAGAUUCAUGGUGGGAUGAAUGGGAAAGGCCAAGGGAACGGGAACUAGCUAGAGAUCUGGACAGGACUGGCAGAUCCUCAGAUGUUUAUGAUCAAGAAGCAGAGAGAGAAUGGGAUAGAGACUGGGACAUGAGGCACAUGGAUGAUAGAGAAAUGGGGAAUCGUGACAUGGAUAUCCCCCCUCUACCACCUUUGCCACCUCUUCCACCUCUGGACAGAUACCGUGAAGACAGGUGGAGGGAGGGUAGGGAUAGGGAUCAUUAUGACAGAGACCUCCGAGACAGGGGGGAGCUAAGGGUUCGAGAGUAUCCAGAGAGAUACGACACGUGGCGGGAGAAGCAAGACUACCUUCCUGAAAGGACAGACUGGGAGAGAGAACGAUUGUCUGAGAGAUGGUACCCAGAUGACACAGACAGACUGCGACCUCUGGAUGAUCAGCUAGAGCCAUCCCUUCCUCCACCUUCACAUUCCUCUGAUAUGCUGGGAACAGAUUCAAACCUGGAGUCUGAGCAGUCGCUGGGGGGAGUGAUGGUCCUUAGCCAAAGACAGCAUGAGAUAAUUCUGAAGGCUGCCCAAGAGCUCAAAAUGCUUCGAGAGCAAAAAGAACAGCUACAGAAGUUGAAAGAGUUUGACCCUGACCUUUCAACACAGGACUCUCCUCGAUCACAGAACACGAGCACAAGGCCAGGUGCCUUUCAGGAACGCUGGGAUGAGGAUUCCUUCCAUGGACUCUGGGACACAAAUGAGGAUAAAGGAACAAAUAUGGAGUAUGAAUUAUGUAAGCAAGAAUCAAUGAUGCCUCCACCAGUAUCCUCUCCUGUGAAAGUACCUGCUGUUCACACCUCUGUUCCAUCAGGUGUACCAGGAUCACUUCCUCCAGUUAUUCCACCAGUUCCUAAAGCACCUGUAAUUCAGCAAACCGUGGAUUAUGGCCACGGGCGGGAUAUAACCACCAGUAAAGUGGAACAGAUCCCAUAUGGGGAGAGGGUGACUCUGCGUCCAGAACCUCUGCCAGAGAGGCAAACAUUUCAAAAAGACCACCCCAACCAGCGUGAUCGUUACAACAGAGAAAGGGAUCGCGAGCCGUAUUUUGAACGUCAAGGUAAUUUAAACACAGAUCACCGGGAUUUCAAGAGAGAGCGGGAAUUGCACAGAGACCGCGGUUCAGUGGACUAUGAACGAGAGAGAUUUGAAAAAGAGCGUCAUCCUCGAGAUGACAGGGUUCUUCCUACUACACCUACGAGGACUCAGUCUUACCGUGACAAGAAAGAUCAUCCCUCUUCCAGGAGAGGUGGUUUUGAAAGACCACCAUAUGAACGAAAGACAGACCGUCCAGCAUAUGAGCAUGGGCCUUCCAUGUUUGGAGGUGAUCGCAGAAAUUACCCUGAGGAAAGGAUUCCUAUUUCUGCUCCAUCAAUGCCCCGUCAGCCACCACCUGCUCCACGAGUGGAAAGAAAGCCAGAAUCUAAAAAUGUAGAUGAUAUUUUGAAGCCACCAGGACGUGACAGUAGGCCAGAGAGAAUUGUAAUCAUUAUGCGGGGAUUGCCUGGCAGUGGAAAGACACAUGUAGCAAAACUCAUCAGGGAUAAGGAAGUAGAGUGUGGAGGACCUGCACCAAGAGUGCUCAGUCUGGAUGACUAUUUCAUCACUGAAGUAGAAAAAGAAGAGAGAGACCCAGAUACAGGGAAAAAAGUGAAAAAGAAGGUGAUGGAGUAUGAGUAUGAAGCUGAAAUGGAAGAGACCUAUCGUACCAGUAUGUUCAAAACUUUCAAAAAAACCUUGGAUGAUGGUUUUUUCCCCUUCAUUAUCCUUGACGCUAUCAACGACAGAGUGCGACAUUUUGAACAGUUUUGGAGUGCAGCAAAAACUAAGGGUUUUGAGGUAUACUUAGCUGAAAUGAGUGCAGAUAACCAGACCUGUUCCAAGAGGAAUAUUCAUGGACGCAAGUUAAAGGAAAUUAACAGGAUGUCUGAUCACUGGGAGGCAGCACCGCGUCACAUGAUGCGUCUGGACAUUCGUUCUCUAUUGCAAGAUGCUGCUAUUGAAGAGGUGGAGAUGGAGGAUUUUGAUGCAAAUAUUGAAGACCAGAAAGAAGAAGCCAAGAAGGAUACAACAGAGGAAGAAGAGAGUGAACUGGGUUACAUUCCGAAAAGCAAAUGGGAGAUGGACACUUCUGAGGCAAAGCUAGACAAGCUGGAUGGUUUGCGGACUGGCGCUAAAAGGAAGCGUGACUGGGAAGCAAUUGCCAGCAGAAUGGAAGAUUAUCUACAGCUUCCAGAUGACUAUGAUACACGUGCUUCUGAACCUGGAAAGAAGAGGGUGCGGUGGGCCGAUCUAGAAGAAAAGAAAGAUGCAGACAGGAAAAGGGCGAUUGGUUUUGUGGUUGGACAAACAGAUUGGGAGAAAAUAACAGAUGAAAGUGGUCAUCUGGCUGAGAGAGCUCUCAAUCGCACCAAGUAUAUAUGAAAAAGUGGUUAAAUGGAUUUUUUGUGCCUUUUAAGGCCAUUUGCUCUGAGGAGAAGUGAACCAAGGUGUCAUGAGCAUCUUGCAUGGGUCAUGUCACUCCCACUUUCACAGUUUUUUGUUUCUGUUGUUACUUUAGUUUCAGCAAUUUUCUUGAGAUAUUGGCAGAUAACCAUUGCCCUCAAAGAAAACAAAAAAGAUCCCACUGCUCCUAAAUAAGAGAGACAGUUUCCUUUUUAAUAUUUUUGGAGGGGAGGGAAGGGGAGGGCCAGUAGUUUUAGCUGAUGUUUGUAGGAUAAAGUGGAAGGAUUAGACAGAGGAUGUUAGCUCCACUGUACUGUCACAGAUUGUCUACCACUUUUGCUUUGUGGCCGUUCUCGUUUUAUACUGUAUGUACCUUGUAGCUUAUUGUAUUAGGAAGCAGAACAAUAAAUUUCACUAUAAACCCAG